AUGCCAGCUGCCGGCAUCCAUGAGAAACCCGACGACAACAAAUCCCCGGCCUGUAACACACCCGACAACGUCUUCAAUGAGGGCAGCACGGAGACAAGGGCGCCGGCAGAUGCCGACAAGGGCGAGUUGCACGACCCGGCUCCCGAUGGCGGCUUGAGAGCCUGGCUUGCCCUGCUGGGUUCGUGGUGCAUGCUAUUUUGCACCUUUGGCUUGAUCAAUUCGGCCGUGGCUAAUCACGGAUGGGCAGCCAUUGGCACCUUUCAGGCCUACUACCAAGAGGUCUUGCUCUCUGACUAUGCAGCCAGCACCGUCGCCUGGAUUCCAUCACUACAGAUCUUCUUUGCCUAUCUAACCAAUCCCUUCACCGGACGCAUAUACGAUGUCUACGGCCCUCGAUACUUGGUCCUCGGCGGCACCGUCGUCCAAGUCGUUGGCAUGAUGAUGACCUCCAUCUCCACGCGCUACUACCAGAUCCUCCUCGCCCAGGGCAUCUGCACCUCUCUCGGCAUGUCCGCCGUGUACGUCCCGGCCACGGCCCUCCUCGCCAGCUGGUUCGACAAGAAGCGCGGCUUGGCCUACGGCAUCGCCACCAGCGGCUCCUCCCUCGGCGGCGUCAUCCUGCCCAUCAUGAUCCGGGAGCUCAUCCCGCGCGUCGGCUUCCCCUGGGCCAUGCGCGCCUGCGCCUUCCUCAUCCUCGGCCUGCUCCUCCUCGCCAACGCGAGCGCCUCCACCCGGUUACCCCCCGAUCCCCGCGCCGCCGUCUCCCGGCGCGCCCUCCUCCGGCCCUUCCUCGACACCAAGCUGAUGCUCGUCAACGUCGGCUUCCUGGUGCUCACCCUCGGCGUCUGGGCGCCCAUCAACUACGUCUCCGUCGAGGCCACCGCCGCCCACGGCGUACGUCCGGACCUCGCCCACUACCUCGUCGCCACGAUGAACGCGGGGAGCCUCUUCGGCCGCGUGUUCGCCGGCGGGGUCGCGGACGUUGCGGGCGUGUACAACACCUUUGCGAGCGUGUCCGCGCUGGCCGGCGUGCUUGUGCUGGCGCUGUACAUCCCGGCACGGAGCGCGGCUGCCGUCUUUGCCUUUUCGGUGCUGUUCGGGUUCACGUCCGGGGCGUACAUUGCGCUGGUGGCGCCGCUGGUGGUCAAGAUCUCGCCCAUGGCCGAGUCGGGCUACCGCAUCGGGCUGCUCUUCUGCCUCUCGUCGUUCAGCGCCCUCGUGACGAACCCGAUCGGCGGCGCCAUCGUGGAGAGGUGGCAGGGGGACUACACGGGCAUGAAGAUUUACUCGGGCACUCUGAUGAUAGUGGGCGCGGGCAUUGUUUUUGUCUCAAGAUUAAUUGCGACUGAAUGGAAGCUGAACGUCGUCUUCUAG